UUCACUCAAACAAGCAGAGAAAGGAAAGCAGAGCGACACUCCGUCUGUUCGUUAACCGUCUCACCGCGGAGCCCCGAGCACACAACCGAGAGAGGAGCGAGUUAGAGAAGUUUAUCCACGCCGACGGUUCGGUUUAACGUUUGUCUUCACUCACAGUCGAGCAGUUUUAUGUGAACGUACUGGUCAUUUCCACCUGCUCGGUGCGGUUCUAACAUCACGGGACGCGGCGGUUCACCUGAGGUGCACGAGGACAUCGUUUGCAUGAAACUGUGGCCAGAUAAAAACAGUGGAUGCAACUACGCUCCAUUUAUAGAAGAAAGGUGGAAGAUUGGGAGAGGCUCUAAGGAGAACCAGCCGACCACGGGGAGUCACAUCUCAACCAGCAUUCCCUCCAAACCCAGCCUAAAGCACACAAUGUCCCUCAGCACAUUCCACCUCAUGCAGACCCUGAAGAACUCUCCUGCUGCGUUACGGCGUCGCUUCCGCCGUGACCGAACAGAGUCUUUGUCCCAUGGCGAUCCUUUAUUUAAAGUCCACUACCUGGGCACGGAGAAAAUCUUUUCUCUGGAUCGAGAGCAGGCUCAGGAUGCUAUUACUCAUUUGCUAGAAGGUAUCGCUAAUGGAAAGAAGCUGAGCAAAGAUCACGCUCUUGUGGUGCGCCCCCGAUAUGUCGAGGUUAAGGAACUGAGCACAGGACGGCAGCUCACUAAGACGUACCUGCAGGACAUUGCGUACUGUGCCGCAGACGCCAACCGACCCAAUGUCUUCUUGUACAUCUGUAAACAUCAUGGGCAGCAACUGCAGUGUCGGGUGUUCUGGUGCAGUCGGGCGGAGCGGGCGCGAGACAUGACGGCUUGCCUGGCACAUUCCUUCCAGCGGGCGCUGAGCGACUGGCAGCAGGACGGCUCAGCCACGCUUGCGCCCGGAGAGGUGAAAGGAAAACGUGUUGAGGAAUCGUCCAACUCUCAUGCUAACACGAAGAGCUCAACGCUGCCUGCCAGUCUGGGAAAAGUUCGCUGGAAGAAGAGAGGCUCUGUAUCUCGCAGCCCCCUCAGAACCAUCACCAGAAGAGGAUCUGCCUCUGACACCUGGAACUGAAGCCCCCCUAACACUACAAUGUGGGACAACGUGAACCUGAUGACAACCUCAAGGGUGUCAGCUCUGAAAGAACUGAGGGAGGGACUGAUUGUAAGGCAUAAGGAAGGAAAAAGGGGAUGAAACUGGGAAGUGGGAAGUCCAUAUUUGGAUGUAUGAGGACUGCUUGUGAGAGGAUGCUGCCGUAAUCAGUGGACUUGAAGGUUUUUGAUGCCGCAAAGUUGUCUCUUGAAUUUUUCAAGAGUCACGUCCAGACACGGCACAAAAUGCUGUUGACAGCUUCCUUUGUUCACCUGUCAACUGACAUGUGUGGACUUGUGACUGACUGGACACGAGGCCAUUUGAGGACUGGAUUGGGGCAAGUCCAUGUCUCUUUUUGGUUGGCUUGUUUGUAUAGUACUCUGCUUGAUGCUGAAGCCACCAAAGAAUUCGUGCUGUUGGAAAGACACUGACAGUACUGGCUGUUGGCCAAUUAUUCCACAGGCAAAACUGGAAAAAGACUAGGAGAGUCUGGAUUUUUCAAGUUUGAUUUUUAUUUAACUGACAUUUGUGGCAGGUCAUGAUUUUAUUUUAUUUUUUUAGUCUUUACCCUGUGGCACUAGCAAGCUUGUGUUCUCUAACUUGGUAUUAGAUGUACAAAUUUAAAAUAGGUGGAAAAUUCAGGCACAUAAUACAAAAGUAAAGUUAAAAUUCUUAGUCUGUAAUGCGCAUAAAUGCAGUCAGUAAAUUUUGAGCAUGUUUAAAUCAGUCCUAUAUUAAAUAAUCUCACAGUUCCAUUCAAGAAAUCACAAACUUUUUUUUUUUAAGAGGUCCUCAGUUUCCAUGAAAUGUGUGAAAGGCCCAGCAACUGCAUCAUAAAAUAAAAAAGAGACCCCAGCAGAACUUGCAGGGUCAAAAAACCCUCCACUUACACAGCAACCUCCUGCAAAAAACAAGGAAAAAAAAAGCUGAUCCCAACCAUCAUCAGCGAGGUUCUUUGCAUUUAUGUGGAAAAACACACUCUGCCAUGACUUGCGGGUUUUUGUUUGUGUGUGUCCGAACACUGGGAACACUGUGUUCCCAUGUGGAGCCUCUGUGAGGAAUGCGUAGACAUGCACCUGCAUUCCAAUUGGGAGGGAAAUUUGAGAUUGGGAAUCUUCUUAAAAGCCCCAAAUUCCUCUUCAUGUCCAUCCAUGACUUUGCAUGUUGAGCAGCCUAGUCGUUAAUUGCUACAGUGUGCUUCUAAUUCUUGAGCCCUCCGCUUUUUUCACAUCACCAAAGCCAUAAAAGGUGCCCUGGCUACUUAAGUCCAUUUAAAGUGACGGUUAUAGGCAUUGAUAAGUGCUGCAUUGCAUAACACGCUCUCAUGAUGGUGAUUUCUAUCUUAAGGUUUACAAAUGAGAGACUUGAGGAUUAGUGGUACGCCCUGAAGCUACCGUUAACUUCUCAUUUUGUGUUUUCUGACCAAAAGUAAGCUAGAAAUGUCACCUUUUUUUAACAGGAAAGGUGUCAGUGUUUUGUGACUGAUGUGCCACUAGGUUUUGUUUUUUUUUUUCAGUUAAUUUUAAAUUUUUGUGCUCAAUGUAUCUUUUCAAUUACAAAUGGCACAACCCUCAUCUCAGAAAAGGGGUUAAUGCCUGCUUUAAGAUGUAUUUUAUCAAUGUACUGUUUUAUAUCAUUGUACAUAUUUAAAUAUGUAUUUUAUGAAAUAUUAAAACUUUUUAUACAGCA